AUGGAGCUUGAGCUAGAGGAUAUGGUCCCUGAGACAGCAUUUGACAGGACGAACGUUGACAAAGGGAGUGCGCUGCUGGCGCAGAUUGAUACCAAUGAAGUCCAGAGGUUGAAAGCCGAGGCGACGAGCCAUCUGGGAGAGAAACACGCUAAUUUGGCUGGCAUGAAUGCCGUCGACAUUUUAACGGUCAUCGGAAAUCUAAGGACAUGGAUGUCCCCCACGCAACAAGAAGUCAUCGAGCUUUGUUUAUCUAUUUCUUACCCACUACUCAUUCUACAAUGCCGUUCACUCGCGAAGAUGUUGGAUUCUCUAUCAACUUUCGAUGAACAUGGCAGGGUUCCGGAUAAUUCCUGGCACCCGCAACAGCAGACAGUCUUGGGCAGGCUCAGCCGAGACUUCCAUUCGAGCUACACCUGGGAACCAGCAUGGAUUAAUGUUUUUAAUCGUUGGAAAAAGGAAGUCGAGGACUCUUCUUGGCUUUGUACCAGGAUCGAUGGCAUGCGCAGACAACUGGCUGAGAUAUCCCCGAUCUUCAUUUCCAUCAAAGCAGCUUUCGCUGAGAUUACUCUUAUGACCAGGGUAUCUUUUGAUGAUGAAGUGAAAAAUAUUGAAAAGAUAUUCUAUAUGUUCGAGACAAAUUUGGACCAGUGCAAAGCAAAAGUUGAUGAAUCAAGUAUCGAAGAGCAAUCAAAGCACCUUGCACCGCUUCCAAAUCCACCUCGGGCCCAAUCGUGGACCAGUGGUGCCAAUGUAUCAUCUAGCGGAAUCACGCACAGGUUAUCGCUUGGAAAACGUGCUGCUAUCAUUGGCAACCAACCAGCGGUCCGAACCAAGGAAAGGCUUCAAACGCAAUGGGCUCAGGCUACCAGUAUCCUCGAACCUCUCUUUCAACUCAUCAAAUCACCUGUCCUCCUUAUACUGGCCGCGGCAAUGCCAUUCACCAUUUACUCCACUUAUCUCUGCGAGACUCCAGACAACCUACCUGUGAUAGACAGCAACUUCUGGUCGACCUUGAGCCAAUGCAUUGCUGGAUUCGCAGGGCUCUACGUAGUUCUUAGGCCGAUGUUCAGGACUACUGAGAGGGAUAAGAUCAAGACGGAAUUCCCGAAGGUUUUCUACACGAUGUUAGUAUUGUCACUGACAACAAGCAUCGCGAGUGUCUUAGCAUACGUUUGGAGCCCACCAGUUAGCAUUCCCCUGGCUUAUGUAUCGGGAUUGGCGCUCAAUAUUGCAACAUUGCUGAUUAUCAAAGACUCGGGUAACCAAAUAAAGGAGACAAACAUAACGAAUGACUUUUUAGAGGCAGAGCUUGCUGGAUAUCGGAUGAGGAGAUAA